GUCGCUGCAUGCUGAAAAAGAAGUGCGCAGCCCCACGGUGACGGCACGGCAGAGGGGGCUCUCCACGGGGCUGAACACCGCAGAACCUGGGCUGCAAUAUACAACUACUACCUCGUAUUAUCAUUAUUUACCAACAAACAUGACAGCGACUAUUUGUUCUCCCGUCCUUGAAUACAGAGGCGUGUCUAACAAGAACGGAAACAUGAUUAACUACAACAUCAUCAACGGUCUUGAUGGCCCUCAGCUGACGUCUGUCCCAUGCUCGAGUGCCAACCUCUCGUCCUGCACCCCCACUGGGUCCCUGCUAGACUGGAAGGUGGUGGGGGCCCCCUCUGAAACGGGGGCGUUCCAACGCCGUCAUUCAAUCAACCCCCCCAGUGCAAAGUUCAGCCAGAGCCAGUUUGUCAACAACCUUAAAAGGGAUCCCUCGGCAUUGUUGGGUAGCAGCUGCAGCAACAACAAGGAGAACCAUUUCAGUGAGUGCUUUUUUUCAGAGCUCGGGGAUAGGCUGUGGCCUGGCAGUCAUGCUUGUGGGAGUGGAAGCGGCCAAGUCAACUCGAGUCGCUAUAAGACAGAGCUGUGCCGGCCCUUUGAGGAGAACGGUACCUGUAAAUACGGAGAUAAAUGCCAGUUUGCUCACGGGAUGCAUGAGGUGCGCAGCCUGAGCCGUCACCCAAAGUACAAGACUGAGCUGUGUCGCACCUUCCACACCAUUGGGUUCUGUCCGUACGGCCCACGAUGCCACUUUAUCCACAACGCAGAGGAGCGCCGUGGGCCCCCUCCCCUCUCCGCCUUCAACAAGAUGGAGCGUCCUCACCUGCAGCACAGCUUCAGCUUCGCCGGCUUCCCCACCUCCAGCGGACGGCAGGACAGCCCCACUUCCGUCACACCUCCACCCAUGUUCUCCACCGGAGACCUGACGGAGUGGCUGAGUGACCCCUUUGUUCACUCCAGCCAGGAGCUUGCCAGCCUGUUUGGCCCCAGCGUGAGGCCUCCACCUGUGUCUGAGCUUCAGGCUCUAACCCCUCCUUGCCCGACCACACCCUACUUGUUUCAGCCCACAUCAGAGAUCUCCCCCAGCCCCCCAGACUCUCUGUCUGACCAGGAGGGUUACCAGAGCAGCCUGGGCAGUCAAAGCGGCUCAGAAUCCCCACUCCUCGAUGCCUCCCAUCGCCUUCCCAUCUUCAGCAGGCUGUCUGUCUCUGAUGACUAAAGUGUUUGCAUCCCUGUGCCUGACAUGGGAGGAAUGGAAAAAGACAGGAGGGUGGAGACCCUCCAACUCUUUUUCCCUGUUUACAGAAGAAGCAGGCUGCUCAGUGCAUUGUUGUAGCAAGCAAGUCUCAUCAUAAAUCAAGAUCAAGUCUACUUCCAAUAUUGUGAACAGUUGAUAAACCAGAAUCCUAUUUGCGUAAAAGCCUGCACUGGUGCCAUGGUGGAUUGAACGUGAAUUAUUGUGUAGUUUAAUAUGACUUGUUUGGUGCUCUAGGAGUGGCAGCAGGGUAUCUGUGCUGAGCAAAGUGAGUUUUAGUGUUGUGUGUCUUUACACAGCCAUUAUUAUUAUUAUUAUUAUUAUUAUUAUUAUGAUGAUGAUCGCCUGUGCCACAAUCCUGACACCCUCCUCGAGGCUUGUGUCAACUCAGUGUUCAUAUUUUAAUGGAUCGUCAAAUGGAGAAUGUUGUAAGUAAGAUUCUAAAAGUGCCUAAAAGGAGUUUAUUCAUGUGAAGCAAACAGUGAGCCAAGACUCUUUUUCACUCUAAUCAAACCCAGCCUCCUUUUCCUCUUGCAUGUCAGUGUGACUGACAGAUUGUAUUCCUGUAGUCGGGCUGGAAUACUGGUGCUAUGUGCUCUGUAACAUUCAGUAAUUGUUCUCUGUUUGCUCACCAGAGACCUUUUCUUUUAAAAUGGCCAACAUCAGUGUUUUGAAACUGACUGCGAUUCAAAAUGAUAUCUGGAGGUUGAGUGAAAGGGUAAUUUUACCCAGGGUCAGACGGUUGUGGUUUUCUUUCUCCAGGUUUGGAGAUAUGUGUCUGUUAGAUCUUGCCACCUGGAGCUGGGUGGAAUCUAGUUUAUUAUGCUCACAGCAUUAAAAAGUAAUAUUUAAAUAUAUGCAUCUCUCUGUAUUGUCCACAGAACACACUGGGGACAGUUUUCAUACUGACUAUUGUGGUGUACUAUUAGUUUCAAUGACGGCUAAAGUUAAGUUCAACAACCACAGGGACACCGUGGGUGUUUAACAUUUAAAAUCUUGUUUGUGCCUAUCA